GACCGUCGGAUCACGAAGCGAUUUCAAUAUGGCUGCCACUGUGAUGCUUUGAAAACGUUUGGAAGAUUCUUUAUUUUACGUCCUAACUUUGCUGGUAGAAAGGAAUUUACGUUAUAAUACACGAUGGCUGAUGCCACGGCAAGGUCGCUGCAAUAUGAGUACAAGGCUAAUUCCAAUCUUGUUUUGCAAGCAGAUCGCUCUUUAAUUGAGCGUCGUGGUCGAGAUGAAGCAACAGGAGAGGUUAUGAGUUUGGUUGGGAAAUUAUCAGGAACAAAAAUGGGAGAUCGCUUCCAAAGAAGUAAACCUGAAGUUUCUGAGGAAAGAAAAUCAAAGAGGAGAAAAGUACAAGAGAAAGAAGAAUUUACGAAAAGCAAAUCAACAUUAUUAUCUGAUGAUGCUGAAGAUCUUGCUGGGAUAAUUUAUCAUCCAAAAACCCGAGAAACAAAGUCAACUUACGAAGUUUUAUUGAGUUUUAUCCAGGCGGCUAUCGGAGAUCAACCUCGGGAUAUUCUAGCUGGAGCUGCUGAUGAAGUUUUGCAUACGUUGAAGAAUGAUAAAAUCCGGGACAAGGAAAAACAUAAAGAAAUUAUUGGUUUGUUGGGCAAUAUGCCUGAGGAACGUUUUGCGUUACUUGUUAAUCUUGGCAAGAAAAUCACAGAUUAUCAUGUUGAACAUGACAAGAUGGAUGAAGAUGAAAUCAUUGAUGACACAUAUGGUGUUGCUGUGCAAUUUGAUGAGGAUGAAGAGGAAGAGAAAGAUUUUGAUAUUAUCCAAGAUGAGGAAGAAUCUGGAGAUGAAGGAGGAGUUGAGGCUGACACAAAUAUGACAUUACAUGGUUGGCAAGGUUCUGGCAAUGAUCAAGCCUUGCAAGAUAUCCUUCAGCCUCGAAGUAUUGAUGCUUUCUGGCUUCAAAGAGAACUUGGUAAAUAUUACACUGAAGCUGAAGCAUCCAGAAUGAAAUCAGAAGAGGUUUUGGAAAUUUUGAAAAAUGCCAGUGAUGAAAUUGAACUUGAGAACAAACUUAUGUUGCUCCUUGGUCAUGACAAAUUUGCAUUGAUAAAGUUAUUAAGAAAGAAUCGUAUGACUGUUUUAUAUUGUACGUUGUUGGCAAGUGCUCAAAGUGCUAAAGAAAAAAAAGAUAUUGAGGAAAAGAUGGAAAUAGAUCCAGACCUGGCACCAAUAUUACAUGCUUUGACAGAAAGUGUUGAAGAAGAUUUGAUUCAGGAAGAAAGAAGUCGUAAAAAAGCUGCUAGAAAUGCUCGAGUAGCUGCUAAUCUUGCUGAAGUGGAAUCAUCUCGUAUUGGAGUUCGUAAUGUGCUAGAUCUGGAGGAAUUAACGUUCAAAGAUGGCAGUCAUGUUAUGGCUAAUAAAAAAUGUCAGUUACCUGAUGGUUCCUUUAGAAAACAGAGAAAAGGCUACGAAGAAGUCCAUGUUCCAGCUUUGAAACCAAAAUCUUUUGAUGAAGGAGAGGCGUUAGUUCCAAUUUCAACUCUUCCUCACUACGCCCAGCCAGCAUUUGAAGGUUAUAAAACACUGAACAGAAUACAGAGUCGGUUACACAACACAGCUCUUCAUCAGGAUGAAAAUCUUUUACUCUGUGCUCCAACUGGUGCUGGAAAAACCAAUGUUGCUUUGCUUUGUAUUCUUCGAGAGAUCAGUAAACAUAUCAACCUGGAUGGAACUAUUAAUGCUGAUGAAUUCAAAGUGAUCUAUGUUGCUCCAAUGAAAUCUCUUGUGCAAGAAAUGGUUGCUAACUUCAGCAAAAGGUUAAGUACUUAUGGUAUCAAAGUGGCAGAACUGACUGGUGAUCAUCAGUUGAACAGAGGACAGAUCAAUGCCACACAAAUCAUAGUUUGUACACCAGAGAAAUGGGACAUUAUAACAAGAAAAGCUGGCGACAGAACAUACACACAGCUUGUGAGAUUACUAAUCAUUGAUGAGAUACAUCUAUUGCAUGAUGAACGAGGACCUGUGCUUGAGUCACUGGUGGCAAGAACGAUUCGACAGAUUGAGACUACCCAAGAAAUGGUUCGAUUGGUUGGCCUAAGUGCUACUUUACCAAACUAUGAAGAUGUUGCAACUUUCAUGAGAGUAAACCCCAGCAAAGGAUUGUAUUUCUUUGAUAACAGUUUCCGUCCUGUUCCACUUGAGCAGCAGUAUAUUGGAGUAACAGAGAAGAAACCUGUCAAGAGAUUGCAGAUAAUGAAUGAUAUUGUGUAUGAUAAAGUAAUGGAAAAUGCUGGUAGAAAUCAGGUCCUCAUCUUUGUCCACUCAAGAAAGGAAACUGGUAAAACUGCACGUGCAGUGAGAGACCUCUGCUUGGAUAAAGACACUCUUGGUAUGUUCUUGAGAGAAGAUUCUGCAAGUACUGAAGUUCUGAGAACUGAGGCUGACCAAGUAAAAAACACUGAAUUAAAGGAUCUUCUUCCAUAUGGCUUUGCCAUACAUCAUGCUGGUAUGACAAGAGUUGACAGAACAUUGGUUGAAGAUCUUUUUGCCGAUAAACAUAUUCAGGUUCUGGUUUCCACGGCAACUCUGGCAUGGGGUGUUAACUUGCCUGCUCAUACUGUGAUUAUCAAAGGAACACAGAUCUACAAUCCUGAGAAAGGUCGUUGGGUGGAGCUAGGAGCUCUUGAUGUUCUGCAGAUGUUAGGUCGUGCAGGAAGACCUCAAUAUGAUUCAAAAGGAGAAGGCAUUUUAAUUACUAGUCAUUCUGAACUGCAAUAUUAUUUAUCUUUAAUGAAUCAACAGCUACCAGUUGAGAGUCACUUCAUAGAAAAGAUUGCAGACAGUCUGAAUGCUGAGAUUGUUCUUGGCACUGUUCAAAAUGCCAAGGAGGCUGUGAACUGGUUAGGUUACACAUAUUUAUACAUUCGAAUGCUACGUAAUCCAACAUUGUAUGGUAUAUCACAUGAUGAUUUGGAGAAAGACAGUCUUCUGGAACAGCGUCGUGCUGAUUUGAUUCACUCAGCUGCUAGUUUGCUGGACAAGAACAACCUCGUGAGAUACGAUCGAAAAACAGGAAAUUUCCAGGUGACAGAACUGGGAAGAAUAGCGAGUCACUAUUAUUGUACUCAGAAUACGAUUGCUGUUUACAACAGUUUACUCAAACCAACUCUGAGUGAAAUUGAGCUGUUCCGAGUCUUUUCUCUUUCGUCUGAGUUUAAAUACAUCACUGUUAGAGAGGAAGAGAAACUUGAGUUAAACAAGUUGUUGGAAAGAGUUCCCAUCCCUGUGAAAGAAAGUAUUGAAGAACCGAGUGCAAAAGUGAAUGUUCUGUUACAAGCAUAUAUAUCUCAACUGAAGCUGGAAGGAUUUGCUCUGAUGUCUGAUAUGGUUUAUGUAACUCAGUCCGCUGGUCGACUCAUUUCUGCCAUCUUUGAGAUCGUCGUGAACCGAGGCUGGGCCCAACUUGCUGAUAAAACUUUGAAUUUAUGCAAAAUGAUCAACAAAAGAAUGUGGCUCUCCAUGACUCCACUUCGUCAGUUUACCAAGAUCCCAAUGGAAGUGAUCAAGAAAAUUGAGAAGAAAGAUUUUCCUUGGGAAAGAUUUUAUGAUCUUGGCACAAAGGAGAUUGGAGAGUUGAUUCAUAUGCCAAAAAUGGGCAAAACUUUACACAAGUUUAUUCAUCAACUUCCAAAACUGGAGCUUGCUACACACAUCCAGCCGAUUACGAGAUCAACGUUGAGUGUUGAAUUGACAAUCACACCUGACUUCCAGUGGGAUGAGAAGGUUCAUGGUUCAUCUGAAGCGUUCUGGAUCUUGGUUGAAGAUGUUGACAGUGAAAUAAUUUUGCAUCAUGAAUAUUUUCUUCUGAAAAGUAAAUACGCAAAUGAUGAACACGUUAUUAAGUUAUUUGUUCCUGUCUUUGAACCACUUCCUCCUCAAUAUUUCAUCAGAGUCGUGUCCAACCGUUGGUUAGGCUCCGAGACCCAGCUUCCUGUGUCAUUCCGUCACCUCAUUUUACCAGAGAAAAACCCUCCAUUAACAGAACUAUUAGAUCUUCAACCAUUACCAGUCUCUGCUCUAAGAAACGCUGAUUUCGAAGUUCUGUACAAAGACAAAUUUCCAUAUUUCAACCCAAUCCAAACACAAGUGUUCAACACCCUCUACAACUCAGAAGAAAAUGUCUUCAUUGGAGCCCCCACUGGAAGUGGGAAAACAAUAUGUGCUGAGUUUGCAGUUCUUCACAUGUUUGCAAUCAAUCCCAAUAGCCGCUGUGUCUACGUCACUCCUCUCCAGUCUCUCGCAGACCAGGUAUUCGCUGACUGGCACAGUAAGUUUAGCCUUCAGUUACAAAAGAAUGUCGUUCUGUUGACUGGAGAAACAAGCGCAGAUCUUAAACUAUUGGCUAAAGGUAAUGUCAUCAUCAGCACACCUGAGAAGUGGGAUGUUUUGUCUCGUCGAUGGAAACAACGAAAAAAUGUUCAGAAUGUCAAUGUAUUCAUAAUGGACGAAUCCCAUCUUAUUUCUGGAGACAAUGGGCCUGUCAUGGAAGUCAUUUGCUCGCGUAUGCGUUACAUUUCCUCACAAAUUGAAAAGAACAUUCGUAUUGUUGCCCUGAGUUCCUCUCUUGGCAACUCCAAGGAUGUGGCCCAGUGGUUAGGAGCUCAAGCGACUGGUUUAUUUAACUUUCAUCCAAACGUUAGACCUGUUCCAUUAGAAUUACAUAUCCAGGGUUUCACAAUCACACACACUGGCUCAAGAUUAAUUGCAAUGGCUAAGCCGAUAUACCAAGCAAUUAUGAGACAUUCUCCUAAGAAACCUGUCAUUGUGUUUGUUCCUUCAAGACGUAAUACUAAACUUACUGCUCUUGAUUUACUCACUUUCUCAGGAGCUGAUAACGACGCACAAAGGUUUCUGCACUGCACAGAAGAAGAUCUGAGACCAUUCACAAGUCGUCUUAACGAUAAGACCCUGAAAGAAACGCUGACAUAUGGAGUGGCUUUUCUUCACGAAGGAUUGUCUGAUACAGAGGUCAAGAUUGUUGAACAACUGUUUGUCUCAGGCGCUGUCCAGGUGGUAGUGGUGUCACGCAAUUUAUGCUGGGCGAUCAGUGUGAACGCGCAUCUUGUGGUAAUCAUGGACACGCAGUAUUACGAAGGCAAAAUACACGCUUAUGUGGACUAUCCAAUCACGGACAUUCUGCAAAUGGUUGGAAAAGCCAAUCGUCCUUUGCAAGACGAUGUUGGUAAAGCAGUCAUUCUUUGUCAGGGAUCUAAGAAGGAAUUUUUCAAGAAAUUCCUUUAUGAACCUUUACCAAUCGAGUCCCAUCUCGACCACUGUCUUCACGAUCAUUUUAAUGCUGAAGUCGUUACAAAAACAGUUGAGAACAAACAAGACGCUGUCGAUUAUCUUACCUGGACAUUCUUGUAUCGCAGAAUGACGCAAAAUCCAAACUACUACAAUUUACAAGGAGUAACUCAUCGUCAUCUUUCUGAUCAUAUGUCUGAGUUAGUCGAGAACACGUUGAGUGAUUUAGAUCAAUCAAAGUGUAUUUCUAUCGAAGAUGAUGUCGACGUUUCGCCGCUCAAUUUGGGGAUGAUCUCAGCAUAUUACUACAUCAAUUAUACAACGAUCGAACUGUUCAGUGUAUCUCUGAAUAAUAAAACAAAGCUCAAAGGUCUGAUUGAGAUCAUUGCGUCAGCUUACGAAUACGAAAACCUUCCCAUCAGACAUCAUGAAGACACUACACUAAAACAGCUAUCCACACGUGUUCCUCACAAACUCGCAAGUCAGAAGUUCAAUGAUCCGCAUGUCAAAGCGAAUUUGUUACUGCAGGCUCACUUAUCACGACUGCAGUUGUCAGCAGAGCUACAGUCAGACACCGAGAAUAUUCUUGGAAAGGCAAUGCGCUUGAUUCAAGCUUGUGUUGAUGUGGUCAGCAGCAAUGGCUGGUUGUCCCCAGCCUUGGCAGCUAUGGAACUUGCACAAAUGGUCACACAGGCGAUGUGGAGCAAGGAUUCGUACUUGAAACAGAUUCCUCACUUCAGCAAUGAGUUAAUUAAACGUUUUACGGAGAAGGAAGUAGAAAGUGUCUUUGAUGUGAUGGAAUUAGAAGAUGAAGAAAGAAAAGAUAUGUUGAAGAUGGAAGAUAGUCAAAUGGCGGAUGUGGCAAGAUUUUGUAAUCGUUAUCCUAACAUUGAAUUGUCUUAUGAAAUUGAAGACAAAGAUAACAUCAAAGCUGGUUGGCCCGUGGUUGUUCUUGUUGAUUUGGAGAGAGAAGACGAACAAAGCGGCGCUGUCAUCGCACCAUUUUUCCCUGGAAAACGAGAGGAAGGCUGGUGGCUUGUUAUUGGUGACUCCAAGGCAAACAGUCUGAUUUCGAUCAAACGAUUGACACUACAACAGAAAGCCAGAGUGAAGCUUGAUUUUGUGGCACCAUCACAGACUGGCAAUCAUUCAUACGUCUUGUACUUCAUGUGUGAUGCAUAUCUUGGAUGUGAUCAGGAAUAUACGUUUAAGAUUGAUGUAAAACAACCUGCUAGUGAUGAGGAGAGCGAAGAGAGUGCUUAAAAUUGUCCUAUACAACUGAAGAUCUAACCAAUCCUCCGGAGUAAUCCGUGGAGUUUGGUGUUGAUAGACGAUGCUAUUGCCGAUUGCUAUGACACACACCAAAGGUCGUCCAAUAUGUAGUGCCUUUGAUCUAUGCUUGUUCAGACAAUCCUGUGUAUUUUUUUGUACUUAUAUAAUACUAGCAGAUCACUGUACUAGAUUUACGUUCUUAAGAGUUUUACAUCAUAGGAACUCCCAGUGUAGGUACUUCUGUUUGUGAUUUUCAAAAUACCUGAACAAUAUAAAGCUUUUUUAAAA